UCAAUUUUCCCAAUGUCAAAAUAACGUGGCCACAAAUUUUGGGCGCAGCUGGGCCCAUUACUUCUGCAUUAAAACCAUGUCACAAGAUACAGGAAAAUUGAGAUCUCUUUGGGAAAAACUUAAACCACGACUAUUUUGUUCGAAAUCUAAAUUACUGGUAGGUGAUAAUGGAUAUGAAGACACGAUUAAAUAUGCACUAGGAGUAGAAGAAUAUCUCUGGGCGAAUCGUGGAAUUAGUCCGGAAAUAAUUGAUGAUAAACUUGCUAUGGAAAUAAAAGCCUAUCGAAUAAUAAAAGAAAUUGCUACCCUAAUAAUGCCUAAGCUGCGUUCAUUAAAUAACAACCUACAGUUAAUGUUGCAAGAUAUUCCAAGCAAUUAUGACGAUGUAGAGGAGAUUAUAGUAGAAGAUCAUUUCAAUUUCAUGGGAGAUCACAACACAUCUCUAAAGGUCAAAGACAUUUGGAAUUAUUUCAAAGCUCAUAUACAAUCAAAAUUAACAGAAUAUAAUGCGAUAAUAGAAGAAUACGAAAAUCUGUUAGAAAAUACAACACUAUGGAAUCCCUCUUUAGAAAUGUGGUUUGAAAUCCGCAAGGAUCUAAACUUAUUUAUUAGCGAAAUAUCUAAGAUGCUGUACGAAGUAAACAAUUUCAAAAAUAUGAUGCAAGAAAGGACACAAUAUGAAAGGGAAGUAUCCAAUACACAGUUGAAGCAAAAGGAUAUAAUAAAAGAGAUUGAUUCCAAAGAAAUUAGCAAAAAAACUUGUGACUGUUUACAUAAACUUUUCCUUGAUGUGAGUGAACCAGCUCUCUAUGGUAACGAAGAUGUCAUUUGUAAUGUUAAACAUUGGAGUACAUACACUUUCAUACAAAAUAUAAUUGUUAAGAAUCGAAGAAACAUUUAUCAGCUCUCAUCGGAUUUACUAAAAGACACCAGUUUGUUUGUAUCUCAGUUCUUGUUUUGGUUGUGGAGAAAUAAUGUCGAUAAUUUUCCUAUCAAUGGUUUAAUCGAAAUCCAAAGCACAGAAAAGAUUUUAAAAUCAAAAGCAAGAGCAUCCACGUUUUCACAGUUUUAUAGAAAAAUCCCCAAAAUGUAAUGUUGUGACAAAUAAACUCGUACAUCUGAA